AUGGACUGGACGAGGGCCCAAGAUGUGAUGCCCACGUUCACGGCCAUCGAGACAGAUCGGUUCCUUUCAUUAAACAGCCUCGACUUUAACAACUACUAUAGUAAUGGCGAUCCUCGUCGAUGUCCGGAGCGAAGUAUUCUGUUUAAGAAAUUCGCUAAAAAACUCGCAACAGGUACAGAGCAUCUGUUAAACACGAUUUCUUUCGCUGUGGAGCCUCAAAGAAACUUCCCCAUUACGUCGCUUAGCUAA